GAAAAACACAUGUUGUUGCUGUUUAAAACUACCAAAACACACAUCCUCCAAUACCACAUUCAUUACUGAAGAUACAGACAAUAAAUGCAGAAGUGAAAUAAAAAAUGAAAAGAUGCUCUCUAAAAAGAUACCACAGAAAGCAUCUGUUUUCCAGCUUGAAAUACCCCAAACCAAAUGUGGUACAUACUUGAGACAAUGUUUUACUGUUUUUAUUUCCAUGCUUCUGUUCAAAGUUUAUAUUUUUAUAAAUCCUCAGUCUUAGGGUAUUCAAGCACAUUUCUACAGAUUAUACCUCACUCCAAGAGCCAGCUGUUCUACCCCAUUUAACAUUUGGUGGAUAGAUCCUAGAAUUAGAAGUGUUUGCUUCAGAGAUAAAGUAUUAAAUCAUUCUUCUUUUCCAGCUAAACAUGUUUUGUGACUAUUUGUACAAUUCCUUCCUUUUCUGUUUUACAUUUAAAGGAUUUACUUUAUCAGACUAUGCUUAGUUUAAUUGUUUCUGGAGUGUUUUAGGUGUCCAAAUCUAGUAGAAAGGAAGAAAUUUCAAUGGCAUACUGAUUUUACUAACUUAUUCUGUCUUGUUGGGAUGGAAGCUCCACUGAUCUCAAUGGGAGAUUGAGAUCAUUAAAAAAAGCAGGUCACACAUCCUGUCUUAUAGGAAAAUUCAAUUAUAGGCUAAAUUCAAUUAGCCAGCACUAUUCAAUAGGUUUAGACUUCCCAGUUAGGAUGGAAAGCCUAUGUUUGGUGUUUUAUCAUCCUUUGUAUUUGAAAAUUCUACAGGUGCAAGUAGAAUUCAAUGUACUUUAGAGUCCUGCUCUAGAACAAAAUUCCUACACAGAUUACUCAUUUAAUAAAGCAAAUCUAUUUCGACUCAUGUGACUUCUGAUUCUUCAAAAAGGAGCAAUUCUGAUGGAUUACAUUUAGAAAAUGUCAUUGUUUUUUAAAGCAUGACUUAGUGAACAGAACCACAAUUAACUUAGCUUAUGCCACAUGUUAAACCAUCACAGUGGUUUAGUUCACAGUGCAAAGUAUGCCAGAAUCAAGGAUAUUUUAUGUUCUUUUUUAUUGUAAGGACAUUAUAGAGCAGUGGUGGCAAACAUAUAGCAUGCGUGCCAGAGGCGACACUCAAGAGCCCUCUCUGUGGACACGCGCACUGCUAGCAGCUCGCGCAGGUCCAUUAGGCUGCCGCCGCCCAGAGCAGCAGCCCCGCCCAGCACAAAACAGGCAAAAUGGCUGGCUAGCGAGCUCGAGUAGAGAUGUUAGGCUGAGUAUCGAGGUGGCCAUGCCUACAUGGCCACACCCACCCAGUCUGCUGUGACCACCCUGGCCACGCCCACCCAUUGGGCCACACACCCCGCCCUCCCUGAGGGAACCACAAUGCUGAUGCAGCCCUGGCACUUUACAAUAAAUAAGUGGGUUUCGGGUUGCGGUUUGGGCACUCGGUCUCUAAAAGGUUCACCAUCACUGUUAUAGAGUAACAAUAUGUCGCUAUGUCAAUCGUGAAUGUAUGCACAAUUGUGAAUUAGAAAAGUAAUAUAUCAAAGAAUUAAUAACCAUGAAGUGAAAUGAAAUGGAAAUACUAUUUAUUCAGUCAAUUGCCAAGCAAAAUGACAGCAAAGGGAUUUGGAAGACAGGACAAUCUAAACAGGAGAAAUUAUCUUGUUCUGUAGAAAGUGAUGCACAAAAGUUUAUUUGCUAAACUUCUCUGUGACACCACAAGGUACAUCAGGAACCAGCAAAGACAUGUUCAACUUGCUGUGCCUGGUAGGUAAUUAGAGAACAGCAGCAGAGAAAGCAGUCCUACACUGCAACCAAGUGGUGCAUUAAAAGCAAAUGUUAUAUCCUCUCAUUAAAUCAAAAUAUUUGGGAGGGGCACUUCUUGUUGCUCAUUUUGUCCUAAAUCAAGAGGUUAUAUUCUUCCACUUGGUCAAUCUUAUGACUGAACAUUCUGUCCAGAUAAUUUUACAAAUCUCUGGAAAUGCAAUAUUUACAGUACUGUAAAGCACAAGCAAAAGUUUAAUUUUGGAUAUAAACCAGCUCUUUACUGAAAUGUCUUACUCAACUAAUUUUCAAACUUCAAAAGAAAUAAAAUACUGGAAAACAGAUGCUAUUUCCUGCCCUACUUUUUGUAAUGAGUGACAACUGGUUCCCCAGAAUGAAGCAACAGCUCUAAAAUAUCAGUUUAAUCAUUUCAUAAAAUAAUUUCUGGAUUUAAAAAAAAUAUUCUGCUUUUUUCAUAUAGAAUUCAAGGCUGAUCAGAUACUCUUUUCCUCUUAUUUUCCCCACAACAAGCUGCUAGACACCCAUCCUGCAAAAGAUAUCUAAGCCUACAGAAAGAAAGGGGGCGUAGGAAGUGUCUCCGGAGGGACCUUCCCUAGUUUUCUGGAAAGUAAAAGCAAAGGAGGAGAGAAAUACUUCCGGGCUUUUAAGAGACGUUAAUGUAAUCUUAAAGUUAAAGGUAGUAUUCAUUGUUGUACUUCUUAUCUGGACUACCUUGAAGGCUAACUGUGUGUCACAGCUUUUACAGGCUGAGGAUUCCCGGGGGGAGGGGGCAGCUGUCUGUCCGGGUGUUUUAAAGGGGACUUGACCAUAACAAUGGAAGGAGGCCCUCCAAUAUGGGCUUUUGGAGAGCAUCUAAAAUGCAUCCACUCGGCCAACAUGGGACACCCAAUGGCAGAUUCCAACCGGUCUGCUAGGAUUUGUUUUGUCAAACCGCAGCCAUAGUUGGUCGAAAGGGCGAGGCAAGAAGCAGAGCAGACGGUUUCAUCCCAGCACUACCCGGGCUUCCCCCCAAGGCUGAAACAACCAAAACGCAGCCGCCACCUCUGAAUACUCUUCAGCCCUCCCGGUCCCAGUGCCAAAUUAUGAAGGAUAAAGUCUUUGUUCGGAUAAAGCCAAGUUACAAAGGCAACAAUGGGGGAACUUUGGCGGGCAACUGAAGGCUUCAGGGGAGCGCCUGUAGUGGGGAGAAAAGAGAAAGAAGUUCUCCGGCGAGGUUGCCCCUGCAAGGUCACCUACAUGAUGCCAUAGAGGUUCUGUUCCAGUAUCUGGAAGCUAUGGAAGCCUAGAUACACAAUGUGACCCUGGAUGUCUGAACUUUUACAUGCAGCAGACAAAGGCAUUUAAAUGUAGGUUUACAGUGAUUUCUUACCAAAUGAUCCCUCCCCAGACAAGAGAAAAUACAAUGGGUAGAAAAGUAGUGAUUCCAAGAUCUCAGAGUGGUUAAUCCAUGUCCAAUAGCAAGAAUCCAGUGCAAGCUGUAUAGAAUGAUACUAAUAAUAUUUCAGGAUCUAUACUAGUAUGAAAUGGAGACUAUAUAAAUACUUAAUUACUUUAGAAUGGCAUUAACAUGGAUUUUUGAGCAACUAGUACUUGGCUAACUAAACUUAAAAUUACUUUUAAAUAAUACAAUAUAGUUGUAUAUAAAUUGCAGCAGAUUUAUCAACAUUUAUCAGACUAUUUCACCCUCUACAUUUUCUAUUCCCAUAAUAUGUAUAUAUUUUUUAAUUUUCACAUCUAAUCUAUUUCUUCAUGAAUCAAAAAUAUACUUCCUUUCUCAGUUCUCUCUACUUCAUAUUCCUGAGAAGCUUCAAUUGUAAAAUUAUUUUUCGUUUACUACUGAGUUGACUAUUGAUAGUUUCUUCUUCUAAAAGACGCAGGCAUUCAAACACAGUUGUUAAUAAUACUUAAUGUAAAGCACUGAUAUGAUGAUAUAAUUAAUUUUACAGGGCACUUUUUAAAAUUUGUCUAACUCAUAGCAGUAGCAACAGUCUCAUUACGAAUGAUUUCUGAAAUUUCCUGUUCUUAAUGGACUAAGAAAUCAAAGAACUGUGAUAGAAAAGCACUGCUUUUAGUUUAUAAGAUGAGGGGGAAAUCUCUUCUCUGCACUCUUUCACUUUCAAAAUCUCUUCUCUGCACUCUUUCACUUUCAAAACAUCUUUUUUGUAUCACAAUGACCAGAACUGGAGGCAGUCUUCCAACUGUGGUCUUAUACCAAGACAGUAUAUAGCACCACUAAGACAUCACUUGAUCUUGAUGCGAUCCCUCUGUUGAUGCAGCCUAGAAUUGCAUUGACUUUUUUGGCAGCUGCAGCACACUGUUGGCUCAUACUUGUUGUAGUCUGUUAGAGGUCUCCUAGAUCCCUCUCACAGUUAAUACUGAUGAGCCACAUACCACCUAUUCUAUAUCUGUGCAUUUGUUUUGUUUUUUCUUGCCUAAGGCCUUUUCUUAUCAUUGAAUUGCAUUUUGUUGGGCCCAGUGUUCAAGUCUCAGUUUAAUUCUCAGUUUCCAAAUUUAGCAGGACCUGAAAAAGGCUUUGUGUAAAAUGAACCAGAGAAAAAACUCCUGGCUAAUAUUCUCUAAGGAUCAACUCAGCAUUGAAAUUGAUAAUAAUUCAGUAUCUGGCUUAUGAAAUAUAAUUAAUUGAGAAAUGUUGGUUAGCACAAAGUUCUGACAUGUGAGCCCUAUCACUUUUUUUCAACUUGACGCACUUUGAAGAAGCAUUACAUAAAUAAUAUGGAAAUAUUUUCAUCAUAUAUGCCACUGAGGCUAUGGAAUUAAAAUAAAUAACAUGUAAGUUUCUGGAUACUGAAAAUAAAGCUUUUUUAUGAGUUCCAUGAUGCUGCUCUAAGAAGAUUGCUAUAUCUGGGCUACAAAGAAGCUAAGCAACUUAACUGUAGUGUAAUUUAUUGCCCACUAGCGGUUGCUGAGUUGGUUGCACUUGAAAUGUGACUACUCAAUGUGUUCCAGAUUCCAAGAGUCAGUUGGCUGUUUUGAAUAUCUGCAAAUAUUGUAUAAGUUAUUUUUUUUCCUGCUCUCAGAGCUGAGCUCUUACACUUCUGAUAAGGGUUUUGUAGUUAUUAAAAAGAUUGGAAAUUAUCAGGCUCCAAAGUGUACUGCAAUAAUCAAAAUAAAUCUGGAAUUUAUAUUGCUGUGCAUAUCCCUGAUAUUGACAGGUCUUGAUAAUAUCUGCCUUUAAGAUGUGGACUUGAAAGAUGGGGGCAUUUAAGGCAGGUUCCCUUCACCCAUAUCUGUAUUAUUUUUGUAAUGCUGGUGCAACACCUUUGCCUUCUAUAAUCAGUCUAUCCAAAGAUUUUUAAAAUGUCAUAGGGCAAGGGCAUGUGUGCACCUUCUUGUCAAUUCUAGCAGCCAAUCUGCAAGUUUGCCUAUGUCUUGAGGAUCAUUCAUUAUAGGAUGCUUUUGAUCCUGCAUUCCCUUUUUGCCCAUAUUAGGUUUUAACAUACAAUAGGCCUGACUCAGGAUUUGUCUUUUUCACCUAAUGCAACAGAUUUAAGGUUUAUGUAAACAUUUAGGGAGGAAUAAUGUCAUUGAGAGUGAUAAGGAGAUGAUCUGCCAAGAAGAAAAAAAUAGUAUGAACCAACAAUAAUUCAGUUCUAAUAAAACAAGGAUCUGAUACCUGAAUGUGCUGAUUUUUACAACGGAAUUGUUUCCUUGAACAAGUAAGGGUGUUUUUUUGUGUGUGUGGGGGGGUGUUAGCUGCAGGUGUGAUAGUAGGAAACACUGGAGAAAUAAAAUUCAUCUUUCAUUGGCUCAUUUAAUAGCAUUGGAAAUUGCCUUGGCUAGAGCUUUGAUAUAGAACAAAAAGCUUUCGAAAAAGCUUACAAUAAAGAAUAUAUUUAUUCACAUUCACUUACCUUUGACUGCUGUAUUAAUAAAAGUUUCCUAAUAGAUUUUUUUAAUCUGUACAAAUCUCCUUUGGCAUAGAAAUAGUGUAUAUGGAUUUUUAAAAUAUUUGCAUAUUUGCAUUUCUUUAUUUUGAUUGUUUUUGUCACUAUAUGUCUUCCUACUUAAUUCUGGUUCUUUAUAAUAAUGUUUCUCAUUCUGCAAAAAACAGAAAAGAUGGACAAGCAAGUCAAUCAAUUUCAUUUAAGAGAGGGAAUUAAUUUUUGAGAAGAUUUGGAAAGAUGAGCCCUGGUAGCAAAGUGAUUAAAAUGCAGUAUUGUAGGCAUACUCUGCCCAGAAUCUGGAGUUCGAUUCUCACCGGCUCGAGGUUGACUCAGCCUUCCAUCCUUCCAAGAUGUGUUGCCUGAGAGCCCAGGGGAAGGAAGCCCAGUGAUGCAAUGGUUAGGAGGAGUUCCUGGGAAAGCAGCAACAGCAGCAGCAGCAGCGGCUGGUAUAGCAGAAGGAGGGCAGACAGGCUGAGCCUGGAACUUAGGCAGGAGGGUCUCACCUUGGUUUCUUAAUGGAAAAAUGGCACCCCUGGCAACCCUAAUCUGCCCUUCACUCCUUCUAUUGCUCAUUUAUCAUGCAAAUGCAUUGGAUGUGUUCAGGGUACGUCCGUUCGACAAUAUUUCUCUGCCCUGCCAUUUCUCCUUUGUGGAUAGCACAGAAGGUUUAUCCUUCACCUGGGAGAGGGAAGAUAUCAAGGAGGAGCACGAAGUAGAAGAUGAUGACUUUUAUAAAUAUUUUGUCGGACUCCAUGAUUUUUAUCAGUUUUAUCCGAAGGUGAUAUACAGCUUUAGCAACAACAUGGAACAAGAGGAAGAACGGAAUUCCCUCUAUGAAGGCAGGGUCUGGGUGGAUGAGGAGGAGAUUCCCGAGGGCAGCCUGACCCUCAUGCUGGACCAGGUUCAGUUUUCUGAUGAGGCCAUGUACAUAUGCAAGGCCACUAAUUCACGGGGCAGAGGGCUAAGAAAAAUGAAGCUUGUUGUGGAAGAUGCUGAAGAGCCACAGGUGCAGUUCAGCACAAUCGAUGAUACGCUUGUAGCCAAGUGCAUCUCAGCAGGCUGGUAUCAUAUGCCAAAGGUAACCUGGCGCAACCGCAAGGAGGAGGAUAUAUCUGGAUAUUCCAAGACAGAAAUUCUGGAAGAGAAACGGGAUGGGUCCCACCGAGUGGUAUCUACCUUACAUUAUCCUGUAUUGCUCCAUGAAAUCUACACUUGUCACAUUGAGGAGAGUGAUGUGCUCAACAGACCUGUUAGGUCCAUCCACAAAGUUCCAAAGAGGAAAUAUCAUAAUAUGUACAAUCACUACUAGAAAAUCAACACCCAACUGAUGCAGUGAGGGAAGAUAAGCACUACGUUUUUCAUCAUGUCAGCUCUGUACAAUGCCUGCAACAGCAAAAGGAAGAGGGGAAAUACAGAAAAUGAGACAAUAAAUUUUGCAUAUUGAGAGGGGGGAUUGUUUAUAUUAUUCUGUUAGAAUGUUUGAAUUAAAUUGAAUUGAAUUAAAAACUGCCAAAUAAUCCAUAUUGACA